UCCUUGGGCUUUGUUUCGGUGCGCGUUGAUUCUUCCGCUGGCACCGUGGAAGCCGGCGCCAUGUUCGAGAGCGUGCUGAAUGGCUUGCUGUCCCAAUACCUCGAGCCAUACUUGGACAACAUGGACAACCUGCGGUUCCGCCUGGGGAAGCUGAGCGCGUCGAACCUGAAGCUGAAGAGCAGCCUCUGCGCCCUGCUGGGCUUCGAUGAGCUCGAGCUCCAGGCGGGCCAUGUGGGGCUUCUCGACAUUGAGGUGCCAUUCUUCGCCCUGUUCUCUGGGACCAUGAAGGUGAAGUUGGACAAGAUGGACAUCAAGGUGGUGAUCCGGAAGAGCGCGGGCAAGAGCGCCAAGGAGCGCCUGGAGGAGCUGCGGGAGACGCGGCGCCUGGGAGUGGAGACCAAGGCUGCCCAGCAGCUGGAGAACCGGAAGCACCAGAAGCUGGUGGAGGCGGCGCAGCAGAAAGGCCAAGAGGUGAGCGUGAGCAUGGUGGCGAAGGUGUCGCGGCAGUUUAUCUCCAACGUGCUCAUUGAGAUGUGCGACAUGGCCGUGGGGGUGUCGGAUCCAGAGACGGGCGCCAACGUGAACGUGGAGCUUCGGGCACUUUUUGCCAGAGCCCCUGAUGAGGAGGAAGUGGCGGCCGCCACGUCUCAGCACCUGGAAGAGGAGAGCUCGCAGGCCCAAGAAGAGGUGAAGGUCGCGAAGGCUUUGGGCUUCGAGAAGUUUGUGAUCAGCGGGGGCUUCAAAGAGGUCACCCCCAUUGUGAACCUCCAGAAGUUGCAGGUGGUCCUGCUGCAGAAGCAGGGCAAAAUGCAGCUGGAGUUUAGCAUCGGCGAGCAGGGCUCCGCCCAAAACGACUACGUGGCGUUGUGUUCCCAGCAGAUCCGGGCGCUGCUGAUGCUGUCGAACGCCCUGGGCGAAGAGUCCCGGAGAAUUCAGGCGCUGCUGGCACCGCCGGAUGCGAAGCAGUGGGUGAAUUUGAACACCAAGGAGGGUAUACAGGCGGCGGACCGCGAGUACGUGCACCUUGCCCGGAGAUGGUAUCGGGAGGAGUUGUCCGUGGUGAGCGGGACAAGAUUGCAGCCGUUGUCUGAGAAGGACGAUUUCCGGCUGCAGCUCAUGCGGGACGUGGUGCCGCUGCCUGUGCAGGCGGAGUGGUUCAUGCCGGUCAUGGAAGAGUUGCUGCUGGCAAGAGCUGUGGAGAAGAAGAAACACAUGGCCUGGCAUAAGAAGAUGUUGCAGAACUGCGCUUGCUGGGGCGAGGAUGAGAAGAAGGACCCCCAGGAGUUGGUGAAGACCAUGUACGACGAGGCUGAGGGCCUGAAGGACGUGAAUGUGCCGAACGACAUCUCCGCGGAGCUGAAGAUCGGCAAGCUGCAGCUCCGUGUGGCCAACAACGAGGACGACAUUCUGCACACAUCGCUGGACGGCGUGGACGUCGCGGCCCUGAUUCAGCAAGCCGAAGACCACCGGAAGAUGCCGAGCGCCAAGAUAAAGUUCGAGGCGAACCUUAUGUCUUGGUGCAUUUGGCACCACCGGGAUCACUUGCUCAAAUUCGGCAAUCAGAUGACUCACGGCGAGAAAAAGCCCGCCUUCCGCCUGUUGCUGGAGAAUCGGCUGGAAGAAACCGUGACCGUCACUGCGCUGACUGUGGAGACGCAGCCGCUGGAUCUCUUCUUCCGCGACACCGUCAUCCGAGAGCUUCGCCAGCUUCAGCAGGAGGUGCAGAUCCAGCACACCGAGCUUCCUAGGGCAGCCUCAGCAAUUGAAGUCCAGAAGAAGAAGGAGGAGGAUGCGCAAGUUCGGGAAUCCUACUAUGAGAAGGGCAAGGCGUUCAUGGAGACGAAGGAGGGCCAAGAAUACCUGGAGAUGGCCAAGCAGCGAACCCCCGAUGAGCUGGAGCUCAGCAUCAAGCUCCAGGCCCCACGCCUCUACUUCCCCGUGCGCGGCAAGGCGGCGGUGCACAUGUCCCUGGGCGUGAUGUCGGUGGCCACCAAGCCACACUUCACCCUGGAGGCCGGCGAGCUGGACAUUCAGCUCAAGCCGGACUCCAAGGCGGCACUCUUCUCGGUGGUCACGCGCCAAGGGGUGAAGCAAGACCUCCUCACGUCAAGUCCGCUGGUGACGACCAUGUCCUUCGACGAGGAGUUUGCGCAGGUGAAGCUUCAGCUGGAGUCGAUGGAGAUCAAUGCUUCACCUGCCUUGCUGCAGGUGGUCGCCACCGUGCCGGCCGUUCUCAAAGACGCCAUGAAGGUCCCCGAGGAAGCGGAGGACCCCGUGGUCGCCCCGAACGCCUUCGAAGAGGCACAGGCCAAAGCGUUGCAAAAUGCCUUGGCAGCCUCUGCAGAGCACAGCGCAGCCAAAGGAAAGGCGGCACUGAAAGUGGCGAACCAGGCGGCCGAACAAGCAAUGCAAGAGCAGGAGGACGCCCCAGUUUCGAACAAGAAGCAGCGCGCAUACCAGUUGCUCAUGGAUAUCCAGCAAGUGGGCGUGUUGCUGGACAGCGAUAUCGACAAAUCUGCCCCGGUCAUCCGCCUCUUCACAGCCCUUCGGGCUGUGGAGCUCACCGUGGAGGACGGGAAGAUGACGAUGCCGUUGGAGUCCUCCGCCUUUGCACAAGGCCCGCCGAAGAAGCAGAUGUUCCGGCUCCAGGCGGACGGCUACAACCUGGAAGUGGGGCGCUUUGAGCCGGUGCUGGAGCCCUUCCAGCUGGGCUGCCGCCUGGACGAGGAGAAGUCCGGCAUGCACGUGCAAGUCUUCGGACGCAAGCCCUUGCUGCUGAACAUCAACCCCGUGAUCAUCCGCCGGCUCAUGUGGUACAGCGGGUGCCUUUCGAGGAGUCUCGUGCCGAUGCCGCUUCAGCAGCCGCCGGUGCCUGUGCGCUACGCGAUGCUCAACCUGAGCGGCACCCCGGUGAGGCUCCAUCUGAAAACAGCCAAGGGCCAAGCCUAUUUGGAUAUUCCGCCCACGGGCCAGUCCUGGAGAAACCUGGACCACUUGGAUUUGUCCUUCCCGCCCCGCAUAGGCAUCACCGUGCCCGGCGGGCAGGCGCCGGCGUAUCUGGAUCUGGGGCUCUUGAACUCCGUGAGGAUCCCCAACACUCCGCUCAUCGCGGAGCUUCUGCGGCCCAGCGUGGAAGGCGCCGUGAUUCUCAUCUCCUCGCAAGUGCUGAUCUUCAACGAGACCUCGAUCCCUCUGGGGCUGCGAUUCGGAAAUCGGCCCAUGUUGUGGACGAGUUGUGCCACCUCGGACGUGGUGGACGGCACGGCGCAUCUGGUGGACAAAGCCAGGGAGGGGCGCCAUCCAGGCGCGGUGCCCUCCUGGUUGAUGCCUGGGGGUUUCACCAGCGCGCCGCUGGAGCUUCCCAGGAAGGUGGUUAAGGAGGAGGAGGAUGAUGAUGAUGACGACUCAGACGCGGAGGACGAGGGCGCGAUGGCCUGGGACAUGAUGAUGCAGACGUCGCCGCAGGAAUGGGGCAGAGCCUCCUUCUCUCAGGGCAGUACCUACUGCACGGUGGAGUGUGGUGACCGCCGGAUCAUCGCGGUGGUAGACUUUCAGACCUCGGCGCCCCCCGCCUCGGUGGAGCGCAUGAAGAUCAAGCUGCUGCCGCCGCUGCAGCUCACCUCCUGCCUUCCCUGUAGCAUUCAGGUCAGAUACCACGCAGAGGAGGAGGAGGAAGAGGAUGCGCGGACAUUCCAGAUCUCUGCAACAGAUACGGUGCGUAUCUACGACAUCAACUUCCCGGGGACGGUGAAGAUCCAGGCGGGCCUGGUGAAUGGGCAGCCCUCCACCUGGGGAGAUCUGGUCCUGGACGAAGAGGACAUUGGUGAGGAGGACCGGCUCCUGAGCCGACUGGAAGAGGAGAUGCAAGUCUACACCCCGGAUAUGGGGGAGUACACCUUGGCUUUGCUCGACAAGGGCAAUGGCAAGGUGCAAAUAUGCUGCCAGACAUGGCUGAUCGACAGGACAGGCUGGAACGUCACGGUCUCGCGUGAGGGUCCGCUUGUGCAUGCCGGCGGGGGCAUUUACCUUUGCGGGAACAACGCAAAGUACCACCGCCUGACGAACAAGGGAAAGCAUUCGGCAGACUUUAACUUGCCAACAGGUGUGAACGACUACGCGGUGACGACUUGGCCUGAUGGCAGCUGCGCGUGCGUGCGCUCGCUCCCCCUGCCUGGACAACGGAGCAUAGAGGAGAAGGUGGUCCGAUGCCUGGAGAUCGUGCCCCGCACCGUGGUGAAGAACUGCACCUCGCACGUGGUGGAGUUCAGGGCUGGCCAGGGCUCCGUGACACUGCGGCCGGGGGAGAUGGACACUCCCAGGUUCACAGGGGAGGCCGUGCAGUUCCGGCCCCGGAAUCUCUCGCAGUGGUCCCCGGAUAUCCCCCUCACGGAGGACGCCACAGGCACUGCUGCCAUGUCUUUGGGCGAUCACUGCUGGACGGUGGACCUCCGCUCAGACAACGGGGUGCUGUACUUUUUGCUCGAGGAGGGAAGCAUCUUCGCGGUGCGGAACUUCAUGAAAGACCGGGUGAUCGAAGUCCACCUGCGGAACGUGGUUUACAGAGCCAGGGGCGGAGAGACGGUGGACUUUGGAUGGCUCGAUCCUUUCGACAAGGACAAGGAGCUCGCAAUGGAACUGCUGGUGGAUGAUGAGGAGCUGACCAUCAACCCGCGGGUAGCCUACCGGAAACGGCUCCGCGGCGGCUUGGAGCUCUACAGCUCCUUCGAAAAGUCCAAGACCUAUUUAGAGCUGCGGCGGCGCGGCUCUGAGGCGGACCGUGCUGCCACAACCUUUUCCGUGAUCCUGCCGCGGAUCGGAGUUUCAUUGAUGGGCCGACCACCCUAUCAGGUGCGCUUCUCAGAGAUCCUGUACUUCGAAAUGGCCCUGCUGCAACUGUCUGCGACCAUGGUGCCCAAGGAGGACACCCAGAUUUUCAACAUGUCUCUGGGCGACCUGCAAAUGGACUACCAGAGGCCCGAGAACCCCAAGCAGCACAACGUGAUCAUCGGAAACCGCGGCCUGUCCGGCCGCAAGUUGGUUCGGCCGGUGGUGAAGCUGCACAUCGAGCGGGGGCAGAUCACUUCCUCGGACAUCCACCUGCUGAAGGUGACGGCGCGCGUGGAUGAGCUGGAGGUGUCCGUGGACGAUACGCUGAUCACUACCAUGUUGGGCAUCAUGGAAACCAUGAUGCCGGAUAUGCAAACGAUGACGGCAGCCGGCUUCCCCAUCAGCUCAGUGGAAGCCAUGCAGCGCCAGGCCGGGGUGCCCAUGCUGGCCACCAGCGAUCAGAUUCCCAAGGCCGCAACCAUCUUCCAGAUCGACCAGCUGUUCAUGUCAGCCGUCGCCCUGAAGUUCUGGGUGCGCUUGAAGCUCAAGCGCGUGCGCAGCAUGCUGCCGGCCUGGAUGUGCUCGCUGCUAGGAACCAUGUCAAUGUCCGACCACUUGUCCCUGCAGGGCGCCAACAUCUCAUUGUCCUCGAAGUAUCUGCAGAACUUGCGCGGCAAAGCCGGAGAUUUGGCCUCUGGCUUUGUGCACGAGUGGAUGGGCAACAUGCUGAGAUCUGUGGCAUCAGUGCUAGGCCACUCCUCGCUCAUGGCAAUCCCAAAGGCGCCGGCGGAACUGGUCGACAACAUGUCCCACUACGCCUCCGCCUCCCUGGGCGACGGCGCGGAAGCCACCGCCAGCUUCGUGGAAUCGAUGACUUUGGACCCGGAGUACAUGGCAAAGCACAAGGCGCACCGGCACCAGAGCAUCAGAGGCGCCGGGCAGGGGCUGACAGCAGCCAUCGACAGCUUGGGCCAGGGCUUGUCGGGCAUGAUGGACAUCUUCCGGCGGCCAAUGGAAGGGGCGAAGAAGGACGGGGUCACGGGCUUCGUGAAGGGCAUCGGCACUGGUCUGGUGAGCGGCGUGGUGAAGAGCGUCACCGGCGUGGCGGACGCGGCUGUGGACUUCGGGAAAGGUGUGAUGGCAGAGGCAGAAGAGACCCUGAACCCCAAGCAAACGGUGAACGCGCGCGUGCGGGCGCCUCGGGCGACCUACGGGCCCAUCGGGGCCAUCAUCGAGUACUCAGAGUUGGAUGCGCACGUGGCCGCCUAUGUCCUGGCCGCGGAUCCCUGCUGCGAGAUCGAAGCGAUUGUGCCCCUCUUCAGGUGGGACGAGCCCGCAGUUGUGGUGAACAACAACGAGAACUCCAGCGAUGAUGAGGAGGCGGCGGAGUCCAAGCCCAGCUUCGAGGCCAUGGUCCUCACGGCCCGCGAGGCCUUGGUCUGCGAGAUCCCCUUCGAGCGCUUCGGGAUCGAGGUGCAAGGCUUCUACCCCGACGCCGGGUGCACGGUGAGUGGCCCAAAGAAGGUCCAAAGCCGACUGUUGCCCCAGCUACUACCAGUGCGUCGACCUGCCGGCGAAAUUGGGCAAUUCCAGAUGCGCUUGCGCUUCCCACUGUCCGCUCUGGUCUCCGCCAAGUGGGCCCCGGUGCGGUUCCAGGGUGGCAAGCCUGACCUGCUGCUGGAGCUCCGUUCAAACCAGCGUCCUGCGGUGCACAGCAUCCGCAUGCCUUGGUCCGUGUGCCCCGAGCUGCCGCGGGCGCUCUGCGCGGUGCUGUGCUCUGCGAAUGCCCCGGGCGCGGCGAAGAAGGUGGAGAUCCUCCAGUUCACGCUGACCUCGGCGCGGCGCCAGUUUCAGGGGGACGAGCUCUCGAACCAGGCGGUCGUGCAGGAGGAGUGUUGGGAAGUGCAGAGGGCUGCUUUUGCGGCAGGUUCCAACUCCGGCUGGCAGCGGCCCUUUCUGCCCACCGAGCCGGAGCAACAAGAGACCUGGCUUGCCGAAGGCCUGAAGAAGCGGCACCCCUUACUGGACCCCCUGCGGCACAGCAACGACCACCGGCGCCGGGGGCCGCCGAUGCAGCAGAUGCGUCUGUGGCAGCCCAAGGGCGCCUGGCAACUGGACAAUGGCGCCCACACCGACGAGGACGGAUGGCAAUACGCCAGCAACUGGAGCAGCUUCGACUGGCGAAUCAAUCCGCGUCCGCUCUUCGAUGUGGUGCGGCGGCGGAAGUGGACCAUCGACUACGUGCUGAGCUUCUCAAAGGAGGCCCGGGGGCCCAAAGUGGAGGCAGGGCCCUCGUGCCCCGCAUCCAUGCUUCCCUCGGAGGCUGGGAGCCCAUCGCGGCGAUCCACCGCGCUGUCGAACUCCAUGCCUCCCUCGGAGCAUCCGAGCCCCAAGCACGCGAGGCCCAAAGCAAAGGCGCCGGCGAGGCAGCCUGUGCACCACGCGAACACCACAAACCACAUGCCGGGCACUGCGAAGGCGAAGGCGAAACAGCGGCCGGGGGCCAUCGCGGCGCGCCAGCUUCACCAGCUUGCUGUUCAGCCUCGUCGGCCCUCGUUCAGCUCGGUGAACUCCAAUGCCUCGGCGCCCGUCUCGGUUGUCUCGGCGCCUGUCUCGGUCGCCUCGGCGCCCGUGUCGGUCGCCUCGGCGCCCGUCUCCUCCUCGGCUCCACGGCCGCAGCUGGUGCUGCCGGGAAGGCCGCAGCCGGUUGUGCGGCCGAUGGGGCGCCCGCAGAGCGUCACGGCCUCGCCAGCGGCCAGGACCAUGUUGUACCCGCCACGCAGCAUGAGCAUGUCCUCGCGACACUCUGCGGCUUCGCCCACGUCGGCAUCACCGAGGUCCUACCAGUGGCAGACGGCCAUGCCGAAGGCAAUGGCCGGGAAGCCGGUGCCCGUGGUGGUGCGAGGACCCGGCUCGUUGCCCGACCGUUUGACAAUGAGCUAUGGAUCAGUGAGUCCUACCUCCAGCCUGUCAGCGCGGCAAGUGAGGCCAUUUCAACCUGCGGUGAUCGUCCAGAGGAAGUAAGGCUCCUGGAGUCAGGUCAAAGAUAUCCUGUCCCAGCUGCUGGCUGAGUUGCUGCGGACCUGCCAGACCCCUGUGUCUUUGGU